UGAGAGUUAACCCUCUGCUUCGCCUCUUCCUCUUUGAUUGUUUUCGAUUUGACAGAACUGUAUGCUGGGUAUUUAGUCGUGAUCUAACCAGAGAGAGAAAGAGGCAUCGCGGAUCUAACCCGUUAUGGUGGGUAGACAAAUCUGCUCCAAUUAUCUGCCCACUCAAGAACAUUGUAGAAUAUAUUCUGUAAUAUCUUUCCUAAGGGAUACAUUUAACGGGUAAGCAAGAUUUACGACACUACAACAAGCUUGUCAUCGAAGGGAAAGAACGCAUCUUCACUGUCUGUCCUCUGCUGCUGGACAACGUUGGCUAGUUAGCUUAGCUUCACUUACAGGAAAUAACAAGCGGGGGUGGAUGUUUUCUGGCCCUCUUCGUAUUUCUUGAUCGUCUAACGUCUAGGUUAAACUUAACUACUUAAAGUUAACUACAAACACCCGUGGUUCUGUUGGUGGGGAUAAAGAGUUUGAUGGAAUUUAAAAGGACGUCGAACGGUGUAGAGACUGUCCUGUUAGCCCCUCGGAAGAGUAGAUUGAACAGGGCAGCUAUCUGGUUGGUGUGCAGUAACUAGCUAGCCAGCCAAUUGAGGAAUUGAUAUAUUCAUCGUUAACAAGCCCGUGUUGCCUUUGAGGAGGGGGUUAACAAAAUACCAAGCCAAUGUUAAAUGUCUUCAGUAUAUAGAUUAGCUAACUGCUACUGUAUCUGUCUAAUUUCUGAUUGGGCUAACGUAAACGUUAGUCCACUAACGCGUUAGCGCCAGGGGCUGUUUACUUCCACCCAACAGGCUGGCUGGCGCCACCAAAACCUCUGCUCUACACCUGCUACCGACUUACAUCUACUACCGAGGCGCUAUUUUUUUUAAUUUGAACUGUGUGCUGUUUAUCCCGUGAAGCAAGCUGCUCCAAUGGAUUUACAAACCGCGGUGUUCAAUGCAGCCAGAGAUGGAAAGCUGCGGUUGCUUCAGAAACUUUUGGAGAACAAAACUGGCCACGAGGUUACCAAGCUGAUGGCAGAGAAAACAAAUGGGGCGACCCCUUUGCUAAUGGCUGCCAGAUACGGACACCUGGAUCUAGUGGAGUACCUCAUGGAGUGUUGCUGCGCACCAGUUGAGGUUGGGGGCUCGGUGAAUUUCGACGGAGAGACUAUCGAAGGAGCCCCUCCUUUGUGGGCUGCCUCAGCAGCAGGACACCUCAAAGUAGUACAGUCUUUACUUGGCCACGGGGCUUCCGUGAACAAUACAACGCUCACAAAUUCAACACCAUUGAGAGCAGCGUGCUUCGAUGGACAUCUGGACAUUGUGAAAUAUCUAGUGGAGCACAGAGCUGACCUGGAGGUGGCUAACAGACACGGUCACACGUGCCUCAUGAUCUCGUGUUACAAGGGACACAAGGAAAUUGCCCAGUACCUCUUGGAGAAAGGCGCUGAUGUUAACAGGAAAAGUGUUAAAGGCAACACGGCUUUACAUGACUGUGCCGAAUCAGGCAGUCUGGAGAUCAUGAGGACCCUGCUGAAAUACGGCGCCACCAUGGAAAGGGACGGUUAUGGCAUGACGCCGCUGCUGUCCGCCAGCGUGACUGGCCACACUAACAUCGUCGACUAUCUGACACAGCACCAGAAAACAAAACAAGCCGAGAGGAUAAACGCCCUCGAGCUGCUCGGCGCCACGUUCGUGGACAAAAAAAGGGACCUCCUCGGUGCGUUGAAGUACUGGAAGCGAGCCAUGGACCUGAGAUACAGCGACCGCAACGGUGUCCUUUCCAAAGCAGAGCCCAAGCAGCUGAUCAUGGCUUACGACUACGCCAGGGAGGUGGGCACCAUGGAGGAGCUGGACAGCCUGAUUUCGGACCCGGACGAGAUGAGGAUGCAGGCCCUGCUCAUUAGGGAACGUAUCCUGGGCCCCUCCCAUCCUGACACAUCUUACUACAUCCGCUACCGGGGAGCUGUGUAUGCCGACUCGGGCAACUUCGAACGCUGCAUUAACCUGUGGAAGUACGCCCUGGACAUGCAGCAGAGCAACCUGGACCCUCUCAGCCCCAUGACGGCCAGCAGCCUCCUGUCAUUCGCGGAGCUCUUCUCCUUCAUGCUACAGGACCGUGCCAAGGGCUUGCUGGGCACCACGGUGUCCUUCGAUGACCUCAUGGGCAUCCUCGGUAAGAGCGUGCUGGAGAUUGAGCGGGCGGUGAAGCAGACCCAGCCCGGGCCCGACCCGGCUCAGCUCAGCAAGGCCCUCUCCAUCAUCCUGCACCUCAUCUGCCUGCUGGAGAAGGUCCCAUGCACCGUGGAGCAGGACCACUUCAAGAAGGAGACCAUCUACCGGUUCCUCAAGCUGCAGCCCUGCGGGAAGAACGGCUACAGCCCGCUCCACCUGGCCGUGGACCGGAGCACCACCUGCGUGGGCCGCUACCCCGUGUGUAAGUUCCCGUCGCUGCAGGUCACCUCCAUCCUGCUGGAGUGUGGCGCGGACGUGAACUGUCGCGACGAGGACCACAACAGCCCGCUGCACGUGGCCGCCGCCAACAACCACCCUGACAUCAUGCAUCUGCUCAUCGCCUGUGGCACGCACUUCGACAGCACCAACGCCCGGAAACAGACAGCCUGUGACCUGCUGGACGAGAAGGAGAUGGCCAAGAACCUGAUUCAGCCCAUCAACCACACCACGCUGCAGUGUUUGGCCGCGCGGGCCAUCGUGAAACACAGCCUCACCUACCGAGGCAACAUCCCGGAGAAGCUGGAGGCCUUUGUGCUUCUCCACAGAUGAUGAUUUGUAAAGACAUGCAUCCUCCUGUUGGUGUGCCCUCUUUAAAUUGUACUGAAGACGGUGACUGACAUGGCAACAAGACCUCCCCUUUCUCUCCAUGCAAAGUCAGAGAUUAAUCUCUGUGGUAAUUCAAUGUUUUUAUUUGAUUUUUUUAUUUGGAUUUUUCUUUGUAGUAUGGGCAUGCAAAAUAUUUUGAACCAAGCUAGUUUUUUUUUGCUUACUAAAUUCUACAUAUUCCGUGCUAUUUAUUUAGGUAUCAUUGAGAGAUUUCUCCAUGUCCCUUGCCGUUUGUCUCUCUCGGCAAAGAUGGAGGAAGAUGUUAGGAGACACUUCCAUAACUACGUUGCCAAUAUGGACACACUAAUUUUCAUUGUAAAUUCUCUAUGCUGUUGUUCAAUAGUUAUGUUUUCAGGGUUUUGGAUCUGCUGAGUUAAGUAAUGGAAUGAACUCAUUUCUCCCUCAAAAUCAUAAAGACGCUUUAUGAAGUGGUAAUGUUUGCAAAUACCAUAAGUGCUUUAUUCCUCCUAUGCACAGGCUAUGAUAUGCGACUGUUCUGUGUUGGCACUUGUCCGUCUAAUAUCUUGAAUUCUUCUGUGGUGACCUUCUGUUCCUUUGUUUCCAUAAUUGGUUAUACUAGGCAAAGGGCAUGUAAUGAUUGCAGAAUGCUGUUAAAUUGGUAGAGUUGGGUGACUUCAUGGGCUAACUGUAAAAGGAAAUGGUCUGCAGAAUGUUUCAAGUAGGAGUGGGUCCUCAUGCUUCAUGUCAUGGAUCUUUGAACCAGACUUUUCCACGGUGAGCCAAGCACUAAAGCAAGACCAAUGUUAGUUGGACUAUAUUAUGCCCCUGCAUGUAGUUUCUCUUCACAGGAAAGUCCAUGACAUCUAAGCUUUAUAUGGCAUAUCAAUCAAUCAAUAAUUGCAUAAACGCUUUAGAGCUCUGACCAUUUGAAAUGUAAACUGUUUUUUUUUUUUUUGUCCUGUUGGAUUAGAAUUGGACAGAGGGAAGGCUUUGGACUGAGGUCUGAGUUUUGUGAAGUAGCCUAACCUUGCACAUUAGCUUUAUUUGUGUAUUUAAAAAAAAAAGGGCUUUUCAUAUUUCUAGGAGGACAUUUAGCUGAGGACAGAACCAUAACAAUGUACUGUUCCACCAGGGACAGUGGUUCAAUUCUGCACUUUAUUACAAUAGACUCAAAUUUCAUAUUACAGAACGUCAUAAAUCCAGGUCAUGUCUUAAGAGACAAUUUGACAAUAAACCCAUGUUGCACUUGUC